AGCAUUUAUGGUGAUGUUCACUUGACAGCCCCCACUAAAAUCUAGAAAAUGCUGGGCAUCGUGUCCUCAACUACCGCCAGCGGAUUUUGGCCUUUUUUUUUUCCCGACUCCAAGCUGUCUUCCAAGUCUCCGGCUGGCCGACAUGAACUCCGCCACUAUGCCGCCGCCGCACGUUGCUUUCAUCGCCUUCCCGUUCGCCUCCCACCCGCUCUCGAUCUUCCAAAUCGCCCGAACCGUCGCCGCCGCCGCCCCCUCCGCCGUCGUCUCCUUCCUGGCCACGCAACGCGCCCUCUCCUCUCUUCCCCCAGCUGACGACACCCCCAACCUCCGGUACGUCCCAGUCGCUGACGGCCUUCCUCCGGACGCCUCCUCCCCUCCAAUCAAGGACAUCCUCCACCAGAUUGCGCUAUUCGUCUCGUCGACCCCCGGUAACCUAAAGCAGGGCAUCUCCGCUGCGGUUGAGGCCAACGGCGGCGUGCCGGUGAGCUGUAUUUCCGGCGACUCGUUCAUGUGGAUGUCAGCCGAUGUGGCGGCGGAGAUGGACGUGCCGUGGAUCCCGCUGCAUGCGGCGAGCUCCGCUGCUUUCCUCGCUCAUCUCCACACCGAUCUGCUCCGCCAGAAGUUCGGCGUCGACGGCGCGGUCGGCCGUGAGGAGGAGCUUCUAGACUUCAUUCCCGGCCUCGAAGGGCACCGGGUCCGAGACCUCCCCAAGGGAAUAAUCGCUGGUGGCAUCGAUUCCCCCGUCUCCGAUCUCUGCUACCGCAUGGGUCAACGGACCCCCAAAUCCACCGCCGUCGUUUUCAACACCUUCGAUGGCCUCGACUCCGCGAUCGAUGCCAGUUUAGCCUCCGCCUUAACCAGAUACCUUCCGAUCCCCUUUCACUUCUCGUCGUCCUCGCCGGCGGCGGACCCCAACGGCUGCCUCCCCUGGCUCGAUCGCCAGGCCCCUACCUCGGUAGUCUACGUGAGCUUCGGCUCCAUCACAACCCCGCCGCUGGCAGAGCUCGCCGAGCUAGCGGAAGGCCUCGAAGCCAGCGGUGUGCCGUUCAUAUGGUCUCUCAAGGAGGCGUCGUGGGAAUGCCUGCCGCCGGGGUUCCUGGCGCGUGCGGCGGCGGCGGGGCAGGGGAUGGUGGUGGGGUGGGCGCCGCAGCAGGCGGUGCUGGGCCACGCCGCGGUGGGUGGGUUCGUGACGCACACCGGGUGGAACUCGGUGAUGGAGGCGAUCGCCGCCGGCGUGCCAAUGAUUGGCCGUCCGAUCUUCGCCGACCAUUUCAUGGCCUCGCGGUCGAUGACUUUGGAGUGGGGGAACGGGAUGGGGUUCGAGGGGGAAGUGAUGACGAAGGAGGGGGUGGUGCAGGCUCUGGAUGCGCUGAUGAGAGGGGAGAAAGGGAGGCAACUGAAGGCGCGAGCGAAGGAGCUCAAGGACGCGGCCAUGGCGGCGGCGGCGCCCGGUGGUAGCUCCCACAAUAAUUUCGAGACCCUGCUCCAGUUGAUGCUCGGAAGUCAUAAAUAACCAUUUUCACAUUAUUAUUUCAAAAAAAAAUAAAAAUAUCGCCUUGCCUGUUGCACUUUUAUUUUAUCUAACUGUGGAUGUGAUUUUGGAACCGCAUCGACCGGCCGCUUCAAGUCGCUGAAACCCGGUUUGAAUAUCCUAGCCGUAUCGGGCAUGAACAGGGCGAACUAAACCCGCCGGACACGACGAAUUAAUUUAGACCUCGAAACUCUUGCCUGGAUCACGUGAUCAAUUUCGUAUGAAAAUUAAUCUUAAAGAGAGAUGUUGUACAUUGAGUUGUUUAUUGUAUUAUAUCAUUCGAUGCGUUAAACCCUAGCGGUCAAUCGAUGCUGCUGCGCGCCGAGUGAUCAUGCCGUCGGAACCUGAGCAGUUCGCCCGUGGAUCGGAGGCGAAGACCAUUGAGCUUGCCGAGAAGGGAACAAUUCACGUUUGAAGCUAGCCUCUAGCAUCUAAACCUGUUGUGGGUUCAUCCAUGAAUAUGAUAGAAGGGCUUGAAACUAACUCCACUGCAAUUGUUAGACGUUUGCGCUCUUCUGCGGCAAGGCCAUUUACUCCUGGUAAACCUACCAUUGCAUUCUUCAGUUCCUUUAGCUCAACCAGUUCCAUAACUUCAUCUAUGAAUAUCUGAAGCAGAGGAAAAAAUACAGAGUUGGUUUACUUGAGAAAACAAAGACGAAGCCGUGCUGAGUACCAUAAAGAUUCUAGAACGGUUAGACAAGGAGAGUGAGUAUCUGAUUGUUCACAAUAUCCUGAAAUCCUGGCAAAUGUUUCCUGCUUUUUUGGAUAUCCUGAUAUCUUGAUGCUUCCUUCAAUGUACCCUGCUGUUUUUCUUCCUGCUAAAACAUCUAGUAAUGUAGUCUUUCCAGCACCUGUCACUCCCAUUAGUGCAGUUAGUACUCCGGGCCUGAAGACUCCAGAGACUUGCCGUAGCAACUGAAGCUUAUCCUGCUUCACUCCAGCUUGCUUCAGUUGCUAUGAACAGUUAGAGAGAAGAGCUUAGUCAUGUAACAUACUAGGUGCACAAACUAACCAAUCUUGUGUCUGAAAUGAUAAACUUUAGCCAUUUACCUUAGGCAUGUCUACAUAAUAAUUAAUAUUUUUGAAUGCUACGGUCAGAGGUUGAAAUGGUAGAGACAUCCUUCUCUGGUGUGUUGCUUCAGCUGUUAAUUCUUGGGCAUCAUCUGCAUUAACCUUCUUGAAAUCUGUAGGCGCCAUACGUAUGUUGGAUCGACUUCUCAAUGGAGCUGCAUUUGUUGGAGCAAUAUAUUAAAAGAAACAUGAUUGGGUAUUCAAGUGCAACAAUGCUGAGAAUGUUGAAAACCAGAGCAAAUGCAAGCAAUAUCGCUACAGAGUACCAGUACCAGUGCCACUCUGUUAACAUCCCUCUUUGUCUCAGAAUGGUCUUUCCAACUGUGUCCUCGGUGCUUCCUCCAUUGUCAAUUUUCUGAAGUCUGCAACGUUCUUUCUGUCAGGACAUUUGAAGCCCAUCCAUUCAAAAUAUUUAAGGACAUGUUCUCUUGGUCCUUGGUAAGCAAUUUUUCCCUCACAUAAAAGGAUUAUGUCAUCAAAUAGAUCAAAUGUCUCUUGAGUAGGCUGAAGCAAAGAUAUAACCAUGGUGAAAUCCAAAGCAUGUGUAAGCUGCUGCAGAAACUUGAGAAUCUGAAAGGUAGUGGAGCUAUCAAGCCCUGUGGAAAUGUCAUCCAUGAAAAAACAUUGUGCUAGUCCUACUAGCAUUUCACCUGCAGAUGUGCAACAGUGCAAAUUGCAAAAUUAAAUGCCUCUGGAGAGUUACUACAGAAUGGUACAACAUCUCAGCAUACAUCAGCCAAGCCUAUAUGAUGCUUCAAAUUUCUAAGCCCUCCAUCCCAGCCUUUCACUUCCACACCCAUAAUAUUAUGAAUUAUAAAGUACUCUGACACAGCUUUUACUCCCUAUUUUCCAUCACAAAAGAGCUUCCAUGAUGGCUUUCAAAUCUUCUGCCAUGCUUCAUAGUUUGUUUUAGCAGUAGCUAAAGUAUUUGAUGCUGGCACAUUUAUAAUGGUGCUCAACAGCGCUCCCUCUCGCCUUGGCUGAACAAAGUGACAAGGAACAUGAUUGGAGUUAAAUCACUAUCUCAAUGCACAGUGUGUUUUUAGGAAAUCUUCCAUGCUAACAUAGACAAGUGGAAGAUGAGAUUCAAACAAGUUUAUGAAACUUCUGCGGGACCAAAAGGAUAUAACUUUUGGCAACUAGGAAUUAAGGGAAUGUUUAAUUAUCAACAGAG